UUCAUAUCUUAGUUAUUCAGACGCUCAUAAAAAGAAUAGUAUCUAAAACAAAAUGGCUGGAGAAUACACUCCAAUUAUUCGAUAUGUAUUUAAUCUUCUUGGACGGAGGAACGUAAAAGAUGCUCUAAGAAUGCCUGGUGAUUUAUCUGCAAGAACACAACCUCCCCCAGUGCUGCCAGAAGGGCCAUCGCAUAAACUGGCGGCCAACUAUUAUUGCACGAGAGAUGGGAGAAGAAUGGCAGCUCCUCCAACAACUGUAUAUUCUGGCUCACAAAAACUCAUAACUUCUGGUUCACAAGUUACACAGAAGACCCCUGUUGCUGCACCUAAAAUGCCUGGGAAUGUUGAAAUGUUUGAAUAAUUUCUAAAGGACAGGAAGCUUGUUUUAGACUAUUAAAUUAAGUGUUUUCUUUUGCUUAAUCAGACAUUUAGAGAUAAUGGGUAGUUGCCAAUUGCAAAGACUUACAAUUUCUGUCGGAUAUACUUACCAUUCUUCUUUGCAUGAAAAUUAGUGUAAUUUAUGUUUGUUUUACAAAUAAAUAUUGAAACCUC